AUGGAUGAUAAUGAUAGAGCCUUGCACUUAAUUGUUGAUGCAAGCGUGUUGGUGUAUGGUGGUUUGAAUCAAUUGGAAAAAUGGUAUGAGGAUCACCAAAAUUACAGACCCGCAAUAUAUUACAUUCCGGCUUACACUUUAAGAGAGUUGGAUUUUCUAAAGAAGUCUUUCAAUCCGGUUGUCUCAAGAAAUGCCCGGAAAAGUAUCAAAUUCAUAGAUCGGGCUGUUUCGAAAAGUGAAAACGAGACAGAUGCCGAUGUUGAUGUUCUCAACACCCCUUUGCGCGAUGUUUCUGAUUUUGAGAGCUAUAACAAGACAAAGGAGGAGUUCGAGCGUCAAAAGAUGCUUUUGGAUGCAACAUUUGCAUUAAAGUCUUUAACGAUUUCCUCCAAGGGUGGAAUGAAUGCUGACCUGGACGCAAAAAGAAGGGAGGAGGAGCAUGAUUUGUAUGACAGAAUGAAUGGUUGUGGAGAAACUGAUCAUUCGAAAGAAAAAGGAAGCUUCGAAUCUGAAGAGGGGUUGUUUGUACAAGAUGUAACCCCACAAAAGAAAUUAGUUCGUUCGGAGUUUGUUCUCGAACCUCCUGAAAAAGCUGGACCUAUAUGGAAGAUUGCAUCCUCCUAUAGGGAGAGAACACCUUUAAAAAAAGAAUUUCCAUCGUUAGCUGCCUCAGAUGGUAACCAGAUUGGUGUGUUUGGUGGUAGAAUGUCUGGAAGCUUUUCAUCCGUUCGGGCGUCUGGCAAUACUACUUCUUUUGAUGGAAAGUAUUCUAAUCAAGAUAAGGAAAAGGUUAGUGUGGUCCAGUUGACUGAGCAUGAGAUAAAGGAAAGGAUGAAAAAGGAGGAUCAGACGCUCGAGGAGAUUCUGAGUGAGAUACAUGGAGCUAAUGAGGGUAAUGAGAAAGCUCGUAUUCCAAAGAAUUUGAAGCUAUUGAUCAGAUCUGCCAUUCAGCUCCAACGUAUUGACAAUAAGAACAGAUCCAAAUUGCAAAGAGUCAACUGGAUAGUGAUAUCAGAAGACACGACUACCCAAAUAUGGUUGAAGUGUUUCAAAAUUCCGGUUAUGAAUAUUUCAGCUGCAAAUGGUCUUCUUUUAAUAGAAAAGAAAAAUACAGAGAGUAUUACGACGAAAUCAACAGCUGACAAAGAGGUUGAAUUUUCCCACUCCAUGAAGAGUAAAAAGAGCAAAGGCUAUAAAAAGAAGAGGGGAUUUAAGAAGAAGUCCAGUUCAAAGUCCACAGCUACCUCCAUGGCUGAUAAUAGUUCUUUUGCAGGAGUUACUUAUGCACCACGAGGAAAAGGAAAACUUUGGACCCCAUGA